AUGAGAAUAUUUUUAAUUCUCAUUUUUGUAUUAGGAUGGUUUUGGGUGGAUGCGCAAUUGGUGCCAAAUCAUGCUAGUAUCAACGAGAAAAGAAAACAUAUUGAGGUCGAUUCGACUUGGUUAGACAAAAAACAAAAAGAAGUUCAGAGGGUGAGUUUUUAGUUUUGAGAUUGAAAACAAACUGAUUUUUAACAUCACAUAGUUUCAAACUUAAGAUUCUUUGCAAUAAAAAUUUUAAAAAUAAAAAAUUCAAAUUCAAAAUACUCACCACAGAGAUCCAUUUUUCGAAUAUUUGAUAAUAAUAGAGAAAGACGUGCGAUAAAAAAUGAAAAUAAAAAAUGAAAAAUGAAAAAAAGCAAACACGUCAAGAUAUUUCACUGACGCAAUUUGUGUGCAACUGCGGCAAUUUGAAUUUUUUUUUUAAUUUUCAUGUAAAAUUUUUAAAAUUGAAUACACUGACUAAACCUUUGUGUGUUUGCGGGAAUUUGAAUUUUUCAAAAUGUUCCCGUUAUAAUAAUUAGCGUAGAGUGCAUAAAAUCCCACACAUCUGAUAAGAUUAGUGAAAGUUGUCUAGUUUUUAACCUUGAUUCACUUUCGUCUGGGAACAUCACAUCAUCAAUGUUUUUCCAGUUCUAUCUCUUUUUCUCCUCAUGUUCUACUAAUUAGAACGAUUAGCUUCAGAAAGAUAGGAAAAACAAUUCGAAUUCAAUUCGCUUUUUCCAGGUCGCUCUUGAUGCUUCAAAUAAAGAAAAAGUUGUUCUCGAUUUGUUGAAUCAGAAGAAACAAUUCACAGCUUCAGCAAGUGGGAAUGUUGCCGCGGCUGAAACUUUUGAUGGAAAACGUGCGCAAGUUCAAAAAAUUGGGGAUAAGGGAGGAAUUGCGACUGUAGAUGGGCAUAAAGCUCAACUUCGCACUAAAAAUGAUGAAGAAGGAGAACACGCACUUUUGAAAGCUGAUGGUAAAUAUGAGUUGGAUACUAUUGCAAAAGGAGAUUUGAAGGGGAAACCUGAUGUGAGUAAUUUUUCAUCUUUUUUUCAAAAAUAUUUUUUUCUUUUUUCAGCAAACCGAGUUCCAAGCUCGCAACGAUCGCUUCGAUUUCAAGUUGAACCCAAAUGAACAUGAUAACAAUACCGGUAAUGGUAUUUUAUCUUUCGGUGAUAAUGUAAGAUCAAAACACAAUAAACUAGAGAAAAUUCAGUUUUUUUUAGGAAAAAGGGAAGAAUGGAAAAUAUGCCUACACAAUCGCUCAAAAUGGAAAGAAAACUGAUGCAACUCUUUCGGCUGAUAAUUUAGUUGGAUCGCAACUCCAACAAUCACUUUUCGGAAGAAGAAAUAAUAAAUAUCACUGUACCGCGGAAACUCCAGGAGUUUCACAAUGUUAUGAUGCGCAAGGAAAAUCGGUUGGAAAAGUUGUGGCUGAUAAGAAUGGAAAUACUGUAGUUUAUAAUGAUAAGGAUGUUCCAAUUGGAACUGGAAGUGUUAAACAAACUGGGCCACGAAGUUAUGAAGCUGUUAUUUCAAAGAAUUUGUUUGUUGCAAAAUUGAAGGAUGCAAGAUCUGCUUCAUGUUGUAAAGAAUUGACUGGACAAGAAUGCACUCAACCAAUUAAAUUGGCGAAGCCAACAUUUUCGAGUCCUUCUUCAAGAGAUGGAGAUGGAACUGUUCAUCUUACUUGGCCAGAUUGUUUUGAUAUGGGAAUUGAUGUUACACUUCCACCAGGUGUUCAUAUCAAUAAACUCGCAAUGAAACUUGAUGUUUCGAUUCAACCAAUUGGAAAACUUCGUUGUAUGGAUGUUGCAACUUGUGGAAGAGAAUGUUUCUAUUGUGAUUGGUGUAAAGAAUCAAGAAAACUCAAACUUCUCGAAAACACCGAUGGAAAUCUGUGCCGAGCAACUGGAGAAAGAACUUAUCGACUCACUACUAAACUUUGUCCACCACCAGAGGAUCCAAAUUUCACAAUGUGCACAGCAUUCUCCAAAUCAGUUUGGCAAAAAGAUUAUUGGCAAAAGAAAGGAGCCGUUGAUGUUUGGAUGAAAUUUUAUGAAAGAGGACAAACAAGGCCAGAAUUGGAAAAGGAAUUCUUUGCACAAAUUGAUAAUCCCCUUCUUGGAAAAGCUUUCAAAUUUGCAAUUAUUGGAGAAUGGCUUGCAGCUAAUUCUUUGGAUCAAGGAAGUUAUACUCCAACAAAUUCAGAACUUUUGGAAUAUUGGGUUUCAAAACGUGAUCCAGAUCGUUUGUUGGCUUGUCAGCACGCAAUUGUUGAUUAUGAUAUUGAAGGAGCUAAAGUUAAGACAAAUUUAUUGUUCGAAGCUGCCACAACAGCUAAUUCAAUUCCAAAUAUUUUGAAAGAUAAAAAAUGUGGAGCAUUUGAGAAAUUGCAAGAAGAUCGUUUCCAAAAAGAAGCCGCUGAUUAUAAACAACAAUCUGGUGGUGGAAAUUUCUUGUCAGGACUUGGUGGAUUUUUGAACACUGUUCGUGGACGUUAA